CGGAAUCAGAUGACAUCUGGUCUAGUUUCUCUGAAACCACCAUGGGUUUCAAGUCAGUUCUCCUUGUUACCCUGGGCUCUUUGCUCUCUUUCUGCUCCACAGCCAAAGUGAACAAGCACUUCUUUCCACCAAACUUCAAGAUUGGAGUGGCUAAUGCAGCAGCCCAGAUUGAAGGAGCGUGGAAUGAAGAUGGUAAAGGCGAGACCAUCUGGGAUAGGUUCGCCAUGAGUCACCCAGACUGGAUCUUCGAUCAUUCAUCUCCACAAGUAGCUGCUGAUUCUUACCAUAAGUGGAGAGAAGAUGUUGAAAUGGUUAAAGAGAUGGGCGUGGACCAUUACAGGCUCUCAAUAGCUUGGGCAAGGAUCUACCCAGACGGUUACAAGACAGAAGAACCUAAUGCCAGGGGUGUAGCAUACUACAAAAAUCUACUUAGGUCAUUGAGAGCAUUGGGCAUUGAACCAAUGGUCACCCUCUACCACUGGGACUUACCACAGAAGUUGCAGGAUGAUUUUGGAGGAUGGCUGAGCCCUAAAAUUGUCGAUAUCUUUGCAGACUAUGCCAGAACUUGCUUUGAGCUUUUUGGCGAUGAAGUAAACUGGUGGAUUACAAUCAAUGAGCCCAAACAGAUAUGCGAAGCUGGAUAUGGAUCAGGAGGCUAUGCACCAGGCGUCUUUAGUCCAGGAGUAGGAAACUAUAAAUGUGCUAAAAACGUACUUUUAGCCCAUGCUAAAGCAUACCACAUUUAUGACAAAGAAUUCAGAAAAAAAAACCAAGGAAAAGUCGCAAUUGUGAUUGACAGUAACUGGUUCGAACCUGCUUCUGCUAAACCCGAAGACAAAGAAGCAUCUGAAAGGUCACUACAAUUCACAUAUGGUCUGUACGGCAACCCAGUAUUCAACGGCGACUGGCCCGCAGUGGUCAAAGAAAGGGUUGCUCAACGUAGCAAGCAAGCAGGUCUGAAGGAAUCUCGUCUACCAGCUCUUACCAAGGAAGAAAUCAAACUGAUCAAAGGCACCUAUGAUUUCCUGUGCAUCAACCACUAUACCUCGCACAAGGUCAGUGCUUGGUAUGAACCGCCUGUUACAGAUACUAGCUUUGGAGCUGAUAUUGGGGUAAAUGAUUGGAUGCCCAAGGAGUGGCCCAAGGGAGGAGAAGGUUGGUUCUCGGUUUGGGCUCCAGGAAUGAGAAAACUGUUGAACUGGUUGAAGGACACCUACAACAAUCCAGAAAUCGUGAUAACAGAGAACGGUUUAUCUGAUAAUACAGGGACUCUGGAGGAUGACCACAGAAUUAACUACUACAGAGACUACCUAAGUAACUGUUUGGAUGCGAUCUAUAUCGACAACGUGAACCUGACAGGAUAUACUGCUUGGAGUAUCUUAGAUGAUUGGGAAUGGAGAACUGGAUACCACUCCUUAAUUGGAAUGUACAAAGUAGACUUCAACGACCCCAACAGGGCUAGGAUUCCUAAGAAGUCUGCUGCAUACUUCACCCAAAUCGCCAAGAACCGCUGCCUGGCAGAAAAUCCUGCAGAAUGUAUACAUUAAGCAAAAAAUAAAUAUAAACUGUAAUCACAUAAC